CAUUGAUGAGUGAGAAGUUCAGUUCGAGUAAGCGGAGUGUUCAGUUUACAAAUUUACACGUCUGGAUUUACGAGAGUUUGCACUUGCACCAGUGUGUAAAAUCACUUUUCAUUGAAAAAGUUUCAUUCAUAGCGUGAGAGGCGUGUAUUCAUUGAAUAUCAACAAGCUUAGAGACCUCAACGAUCCCAAAUGGCUUAUCAAGGUGGAUAUCCAGGGCAGCAGUACGGAGGUUACGGGCAACAGCAGCCGGGCGGUUACCCUGGCCAAUAUGGAGGGUAUGCGCCUCCGCCCCAACAAGCUGCCGUCAGUCCCGAAAUUCAAAACAUUUUCCGCAACGUCGACAAGGACAAUUCCGGGAAGAUCAAUAGUCUGGAAUUGCAAGCUGCCUUGAUCAAUGGUCGGGGUGAUCAUUUCUCCGAUACCGCUUGCAACAUGAUGAUCGGAAUGUUUGAUCGUGACCGGAGUGGAACGAUCGACAUCUACGAGUUUGAGAAGCUGUACAACUACAUCAACCAAUGGUUGCAGAUCUUCAAGACCUACGACCGGGAUGCAUCCGGACACAUCGAGGAGGCGGAACUGUCGCAAGCCCUGACCCAAAUGGGAUUCCGCUUUUCGCCACAGUUCAUCCAAUUCCUGAUCGUGAAAAACGACCCAGUGCAUCGGAAGGACAUCUCCGUUGAUCAAUUCAUAGUGACUUGCGUACAGAUCCAACGUUUCACCGAGGCGUUCCGCGCCAGGGACACGGAACAGAAGGGAGUAAUCACGAUUGGAUUUGAAGAUUUUCUGAACGUCGCCCUGACCACCACAUCUUAAAACCGGGAUGGGACCGACGGUUGGUCGACGAAGGCAUAUUCGAAAACACCCACUAUUAAGUUUAAAACGCUAUUAAAUCAACACUAUUGGAUCUGACCAGAUCAGGAGUUUCCAACGACACAUCAUCGCUGGCAUUCACGUAAAAAUAGUAUUGCAGAAGGCUACUUCCCGGUUAUCGCGGAAAAUUGUACACACUAUACGAGUUAAUUUUCUUCUACUUUGACUAUACAUAUAUUUAUUUAGAACAAAGCAUUUUAGCAUGUUCCAUUAUGUGCGCUCUGUAACGAGAUUCACGCAGCUUGAAGAAGUGCGAAGUGAAGGUUAUUUUGGUAAUAAAUCUGAACGGUAGGUAUACAAA